AUGAAGACACCAUUUGUUUUGGCCGCCACUGCGGCGAUCGUUUUGGAUCUUGUUGCAGCUGCUAACGAUUCCGACUCACAGCCUCGCAUUGCUGAGACGACCGCCUCCCAUCCUUCGGGCCAGGCGUACUCGCCCCCUUUCUAUCCCUCACCAUGGAUGGACCCCAAUGCUCCGGGCUGGGAGCAAGCCUAUGCCCAAGCUAAGCACUUUGUGUCAGGCUUGACUCUUCUCGAGAAGGUCAACCUCACCACCGGCGUUGGUUGGAUGGGUGAGAAAUGUGUUGGAAACGUUGGUACCGUGCCUCGCUUGGGCAUGCGCAGCCUUUGCAUGCAAGACGGCCCCCUUGGUCUGCGAUUCAACGACUACAACAGCGCUUUUGAUGUCGGCUUGACAGCCGCCGCUAGCUGGAGCAGAGCUCUCUGGCAAGCUCGUGGUACUGCCUUGGGUGCAGAGGCAAAAGGCAAGGGUGUCGAUGUCCUUCUCGGACCGGUAGCAGGCCCUCUUGGCCGCAACCCCAAUGGCGGUCGUAAUGUCGAGGGUUUCGGACCGGACCCCGUUCUAGCUGGACAGGCUCUCGCUCAAACUGUGAUUGGUAUCCAAAAUGCUGGUACCAUUGCCUGCGCUAAGCAUUUCCUCCUGAACGAGCAAGAGCAUUUCCGUCAGGUCGGAGAAGCAAACGGCUACGGAUUCCCCAUCACCGAGGCCUUGUCGUCCAACAUCGAUGACAAGACUAUUCACGAGAUGUACGGCUGGCCUUUCCAGGAUGCUGUCAAGGCUGGUGUUGGUUCCAUCAUGUGCUCGUACAACCAAGUCAACAACUCGUACGCCUGCCAGAACUCCAAGCUUAUCAACGGCUUGCUCAAGGAGGAGUACGGUUUCCAGGGUUUCGUCAUGAGUGACUGGCAGGCUCAACACACUGGUGCUGCGUCUGCCGUUGCUGGUCUUGACAUGACCAUGCCUGGUGACACUCUCUUCAACACUGGAGCCUCUUACUUUGGAAGCAACCUUACCCUUGCUGUCCUCAACGGCACUGUCCCUGAGUGGCGCGUGGACGACAUGGUUAUGCGUAUCAUGGCUGCCUUCUUCAAGGUUGGCAAGACCAUUGACAGCCUUGUCGAGACCAACUUUGAUUCUUGGACAACCCAGGACUACGGCUUUGUCCAGGCUGCUGUCAACGAGAACUGGGAGCAAGUCAACUUCCAGGUGGAUGUCCGCGCCGACCACGCUAACCACAUCCGCGAGUCUGCUGCCAAGGGAACCGUUAUCCUCAAGAACACUGGCAUCCUCCCCCUCAAAAAGCCCAAGUUCCUUACUGUCAUUGGUGAGGAUGCCGGCGGCAACCCUGCUGGCCCCAACGGCUGUGGUGACCGCGGCUGUGAUGAUGGCACUCUCGCCAUGGAGUGGGGAUCUGGUACUACCAACUUCCCCUACCUCGUCACUCCCGACCAGGCGCUUUCGGCCCAGGCUCUUCAGGACGGCACCCGCUAUGAGAGCAUCUUGUCCAACUACGACAUUUCUCAGACCCAGGCUCUGGCUGGCCAGCCCGAUGCCAUUGCCAUUGUCUUUGCCAACUCUGACAGUGGUGAGGGUUACAUUCACGUUGAUGGCAAUGAGGGUGACCGUAACAACCUGACUGUGUGGAAGAACGGCGACAAUCUCAUCAAGUCUGUUGCUGCCGUCAACUCAAAGACCAUUGUUGUCAUUCACUCUACUGGCCCCGUCAUUGUGAAGGACUAUGCUGCUCACCCCAACAUUUCGGCCAUCCUGUGGGCUGGUGCUCCUGGCCAGGAAUCUGGACACUCUCUCGUCGAUAUCCUGUACGGCAAGCAGAGCCCCGGCCGUUCCCCCUUUACCUGGGGCCCUUCUAUUGAGAGCUAUGGUACCGAGGUCAUGAUGACGCCCAACAACGGCAACGGUGCUCCCCAGGAUGAUUUCACCGAGGGCCUCUUUAUCGACUACCGCCACUUUGACAAGGUUGCCCCUGGCAAGUCUGCCAAUGCUCCCACAUACGAGUUCGGCUUCGGUCUGGGUUGGUCUACCUUCAAGUUCUCCGGUCUCAACGUCCAGAAGAACAAUGUCGGUCCCCUGACCCCCCCUAGUGGCAAGACCAUUGCCGCUCCCAUUCUGGGCACUUUUAGCAAGAACCUCAAGGACUAUGGCUUCCCCAAGAACAUCCGCCGCAUCAAGGAGUUUAUCUACCCAUACCUCAACAGCGUCACUUCUGGCAAGGAGGCUUCUGGAGACGCCCACUACGGCCAGACUGCCAAGGAGUUCCUCCCUGCUGGAGCCACUGACGGUUCUCCUCAGCCUCGCUCCGCUGCCUCUGGUGAGCCUGGUGGCAACCGCCAGCUGUAUGAUGUCGUCUACACCGUUACCGCCGUCAUCACCAACACGGGCAAGGUCAUGGACGAUGUUAUUCCCCAGCUGUACAUUAGCCACGGUGGCCCCAACGACCCUCCCAAGGUGCUGCGUGGUUUCGACCGUAUCGAGCGCGUGGCUCCUGGCCAGAGUGUCAUCUUCAAGGCGGACAUUACUCGCCGCGACAUCUCCAACUGGGAUUCUACCAAGCAGCAGUGGGUGGUGACCAACUACCCCAAGACUGUCUAUGUCGGCAGCUCUUCUCGCAACCUGCCCCUCAGCGCUCGCCUGCGCUAA